UAACGAAGAAAGUGUCGCUCCAUUCCAUAGUCAAACGCUAUUCUGGAGUCAUUCAAACUGUCCGCCUCUACCGCCGCCGUGCCCUGGCUGUAGUAACAUUUUCCAAUUUCGCUGGAUUUUGGCGAUUAGGGCUUUACUGUCGACAAGCUUGUUCUUGAUUGGCUAAAAUAAGGAGCCUGCUUGAUAUUCGAUGUUCUGGUUGGGAAGUAGUGUCAUUGUCAACGAGUUUAAUCAUUUGUGCCCUAAAAAUUUGAAUAUUUAGGGUUUUGUGUUUUGCGGCCAGUAAAUUUACGGAGUUAGCAAUGGAUCGGGUGCAGAAUGCGUUUUCGGUGCUGGAGUUGGAUGAUAAUGAUGAUGCAAAUGGACAGAGUAGUGUCGCUACUGAUGAUGCUAUUGAUAUCUCUGGAAGACGAGAACAACACAGAGAUGAUGCAGAUGACGGAAAACAGGAUGCUCUUGGAGAUGGGACGUCGCUGCAAAAUGAGAUUGGGGAAGUACCAACCUCAGUACAGACGCCAUUGGAGUACAGGAUGCCACUUGUGUGGAUUGACCUAGAAAUGACAGGCCUGAACAUUGAAGUCGAUAGGAUUCUGGAGAUCGCAUGUGUCAUUACAGAUGGAAAUUUAACGAAGUCAGUUGAGGGUCCUGAUUUGGUUAUUCAUCAAUCAAAGGAGUGUCUUGAUAAAAUGGGAGAAUGGUGUCAAGAACAUCAUGGCGAAAGUGGCUUGACAGAGAAGGUUCUUCAAAGUACACUGAGUGAACAAGAAGCUGAAAAGCAGGUUAUGGAAUUUGUUGAGAGACACGUGGGCGAAUAUAGACCACAUAUUGCUGGAAAUUCUGUCUACAUGGAUCUUUUAUUUUUGCGGAAAUACAUGCCUAAUUUGGCUGCCCUUUUCUCCCAUGUUAUUGUUGAUGUCAGCACUGUCAAGGCGUUAUGCAUCCGGUGGUACCCAAGAGACAAGAAAAGGGCUCCUCAGAAGGAAAACAAGCACAGAGCCAUGGAUGACAUCAAGGAAAGCAUCGCUGAGCUUAAAUUCUAUAAAGAGCACAUAUUCAAAUCCAAGUCGAGGAAAUAAUGUAGAGUGUGGCCACAGUAACCGUCACUGCCAAGCUAGCGUCAGGUACUACAGCUCCAUGUAAAGAUGCAACUUGUUUAUUGUGGGUUAUUACAUGACAUAUGGAUGUGCUCAAUGGAUUCAUGAACUCUAAGCCCUGCAUCGAUGAUUGAAUGGAGCCGUAGUUGAGCCUUAUUUUCGGAUACAAAUCUGGUUCUGAUGUUUAUAUAUACUCGGUUCUUUCAUAUAUCUAUGAAAAUUUCCACUGUACGAUUUGUUUAAUUGUAGUUUGAAAUUGAUUUUAUAUAAGGUGUUGGAUUAAAUUUUUCGUUUUAA